AUGGAUGGAUGUCUUGUAAUACGCAUUAGAUUUGUACGAUGGAGUUCAAACAUGACGGACUUAUUAAGGCCGACGGAGAGUAGUAGGAUGAAGGAGCGGACACUGACGGACUCUAAAAUCUCACUCAAGAAAGAGAAAUCCAGUAUGAGUACACAAAGUUCAUCUAAGAAAGCCGGACAUGACGCCCCAGCAGGAAGUGACGUGCAAAAUGGAAAUGAUAUCACAACGAAGAGUGAACAACAAGAUUCCGUGGAAACAAAUGAUAAUAACAACACAGAACCUACUGAAAAUAAUACAAAACUGAGUGACAAAGUACCAGCUGAUGUUUUACAGGAAGCAUUGGCCUUGGAGGAAAAUGACCUUGAUGAAUAUGACCCGGAUUUAUUUAUAACAGACGAAGAAAAGAAAGCAUUUGACUACAUGUUGGAACAAAAACGAGCUGCCAUUGUUCAACGUAAGGAAAACUUUGAAAAGUGGGUGGACGCUAUCACAAGAAGGCGUAUGUUUGCGUUAAGCAGAAUGAGGAAAAUCAACUUGUUUCACGGAAAAAGAAAUAAACUUUAUAGCAAAUUCGAAAAAUUCAUCAGUGAAGUUUAUAGUGAAAAUGGCGAAAUUUCCGAAGACAACGCUGGAGACACAACUCCAGCGGAUGAAAACGGAAACAUAUCCAAUCAAAGUGAUAAAGAAACCGGAUCAGUAACACAGAGUAAAACGGAAAGUGACAACAAUCGAGCUUCUCUACUCAGUAGGGAGGACACCGGAUUUGUGUCACGUGACAGUGAGCAGACGCCAAAACCUGCCCAAGGGCAGACACCUUUAGUAGCUCCUUUACAUUCGUGAUACCUUGACUACCUUUAUAAUUUAAAAAAAAAAAUGUCAGUAAAUUCAACUUUGCAAUAAA